GUGUGGCCUCGCUUAGCAGCUGUUUGUCUCGAUUGCUCCCAUGGCAUCGUUUGCCAUGUUGGUAGUGUUUGCUGAUAAUGGCGCUGAACUGAGCCGUCACAGUUUUCUGAUACUAUGCAAUUCCUUUGUUCUCUUGAACAUGCGUCGUCCGGUUAGGUGCCAGCUGGUGAAAAAGAGUCCCGCUCUUGGACAAAGUGAGUCCUAUAACUCACAUCAAAGACAACGGAUACUUCUCAACUACUUUCCAAUGUCCUCAUUUUUCUGGAGAAUGUAUCCAGUGGUCACAAGACUGUUGAGAAGGUGGCAUGGAAUGCUGGGAUUACCCCGACAGUCACCACCGUCCUGGUACCGAGACAGACUACGAGAAGAGUUGCGUGAACGACGAACAGCGACUACACCCUGGCAAAGACUCAGUGAAACCUCCGACGUUCUUUUUUCUCUCAGCAGAGCGAGUUUUGAUGGGUUCCCCAUUCGCAGGCUGCCUUCCAUCACUGGUCCUUCGCAUGUGUUAGUGUAUGCGUACAUGUUAGCCAAGUAUACCUCACGCUGGACAUUUUACAGGGUAGCCGCAAUGCUUUGCCGUGCUCCACAAUACAACCUGGUGCGAGAGGUGGUGAAUCCUACCAGGGAUCAGAAGCUCGAUGAAGUGGCUUCUCGUCACCGGAUUGAUCGGGAGCAAUUCAAGAGAGUCAGCCGCCAACUGCGCCGACUAUGGCCUCUGUUCCCGUAAAGAUUUUUAAGUCCGAGUCAGAUGGAUUUUACUUGAUCCAUGGGUCGUCCAUCUAAGUGCACUUGUCAAACCAAGUGGUUCUCUGCGGCUUUAGAUCUGGUGAACUGGAAAGUCUUCUAAAAGAGGGGGGGGG